CUCGUCGGCAGCAUCCAGAACGGCGCCGUGGUGUGCCGGGAGAAGCCCAAGGCGGGCCCCGACAACUUGCUCAUCUUGUCCGACGUGGGCGAAGACUCCUUCAACAAGGCGGCCCCCAUCAAAGGCUGUAAGAUCUCCACGCUGGGCAAAGCCAUGGUCACCAUCUCCAACACGACCAACCUGGGCGGCUGCCAAGGAUACAUCCCCAUGAAGACCAACAUCACAGUCUACCCCUGCAUCGCCAUGAGCCCCCGGGCCGUCCAAGAGCCUGAGGCGUCCACUGCCCCCACCGUCAGCUCGGCGCCCAGAGCGGCCCCGUCCCAGGACAGCAGGGAGAUUGGUGCCAAGGCAGAGAUGCAGUUUGAGGACCCGUGGCUAAAACGAGAGGAGGUCAAAAAAGAGAGUGGCUAUCCCAGUGAAGAGGGGACCGGGUGUGAGGCUGCCAGAGGCCCCCCGAAGCCCGAGGCCAGGGCAGAACAGGACAGGAAGGCCAGCCCCGGGGACGGGCUGAGCAGCAGCAGCCGUGAGAUGUCCGCCUCACCCGGGAGCGACAACUUCAGGAGGGUCGUGGAUGGCUGCGAGAUGGCCCUGCCGGGCAUGGCCCCCCAGAGCCCCGUGCACCCCAACAGGAGCCUGAAGUCCAGCAGCCUGCCCAGGGCUUUCCAGAAGGCCAGCAGACAGGACGAACUGGGCAGUCUCUUCUACCACUGCGCGGCAGAGACCAACGGGCUGGGCGCACCGGCCUGCAAGGCGACCCCGGAGAGGAAGGUGGCCUCGCCCAAGUACGGUGUCCUGGCUCGGCCCAAAGGGACGCCCCCUCUGCCGCCGGUCCGCAAGUCCAGCCUGGACCAGAAGAACCGGGCCAGC